AUGCAUGAUUGGAGAGCUUGCCUCCACUGGUUCUACCCUCCACCCCAUGCUCUCAUCUUUAUCAACCUCCUCCUCCCCCUCCUCCCACUCCCCCCCCUCCUCCCCUUCCUCCCCUCCCCAUCCACCUUACCUCGCCCAUCUAUGCCUUUCCUUCUUGCUUCUACGUCUGAUGAGGAUGAUGAGGGUGAAGAGGGGAAUGAGGAUGACGAGGUGAAUGAGGAUGAUGAGGGGAAUGAGGAUGAUGAGGGGAAUGAGGAUGAUCAGGGGAAUGAGAAGGAUGAGGCGAAUGAGGAUGACGAGGAGAAUGGGGAUGAUGGGGGGAAUGAAGAAGAUGAGGGGAAUGAGGAUGAUGAGGCGAAUGAGGAUGAUGAGGGGAAUGAGGAUGAUGAGGGGAAUGAGGAUGAUGAGGGGAAUGAGGAUAACGAGGAUAAUGGGGGUGAUGAGGCGAAUGAGGAUGAUGGGGCGAAUAGGGAUGAUGAGGGGAACGAGGAUGAUGAGGCGAAUGGGGAUGAUGAAGGGAAUGAGGAUGAUGAUGCGAAUGAGGAUGAUGAGGGGAAUGAGGAUGAUGAGGGGAAUGAGAAUGAUGAGGCGAAUGAGGAUAAUGAGGGGAAUGGGGAUGAUGAGGCGAAUGAGGAUGAUGAGGCGAAUGAGGAUGAUGAGGGGAAUGGGGAUGAUGAGGGGAAUGAGGAUGAUGAGGCGAAUGGGGAUGAUGAGGGGAAUGAGGAUGAUGAGGGGAAUGAGGAUGAUGAGGCGAAUGGGGAUGAUGAGGGGAAUGGGGAUGAUGAGGAGAAUGGGGAUGAUGAGGGGAAUGGGGAUGAUGGGGGGAAUGAGGAUGAUGAGGGGAAUGGGGAUGACGAGGCGAAUGAGGAUGAUGAGGGGAAUGAGGAUGAUGAGGCGAAUGAGGAUGAUGAGGCGAAUGAGGAUGAUGAGGCAAAACUACUUGGCAAUUGUGUACAUGUGUGA